AUGGCGCAAACCCGGCCAACGGCGUUCAGCAACAUGCGGAUGGGGGAGGUCGUCCACGAAAAGGUUCAGGAUGGAGUGACCGGAGAAACAAGGGAUUUGCAAUACACCCAAUGCAAGAUUGUAGGCAAUGGUUCCUUUGGCGUCGUCUUUCAGACGAAAUUGUCGCCUUCCAACGAGGAUGCUGCCAUUAAGCGCGUCCUCCAAGACAAGAGAUUCAAGAACCGUGAGCUGCAAAUUAUGAGGAUUGUACGGCACCCAAACAUCGUGCAACUAAAGGCCUUUUACUACUCAAACGGCGAACGUAAAGACGAAGUCUACCUUAACCUGGUGCAGGAAUUUGUGCCAGAAACUGUGUACCGAGCCUCUCGUUUUUUCAACAAGAUGAAGACGACCAUGCCCUUGCUGGAAGUAAAGCUCUACAUCUACCAGCUAUUUCGCGCCCUAGCCUAUAUCCAUUCGCAAGGCAUCUGCCACCGUGACAUCAAGCCACAAAACCUCCUUCUUGACCCGACUACGGGCAUUCUUAAGCUGUGCGAUUUUGGCAGCGCCAAGAUACUCGUCGAGAACGAGCCCAAUGUGUCGUACAUCUGCUCCCGGUAUUACCGGGCACCUGAGCUGAUAUUCGGUGCAACAAAUUACACCACGAAAAUCGACGUCUGGUCGACCGGUUGUGUUAUGGCAGAACUUAUGCUGGGACAGCCCCUGUUUCCUGGAGAAUCCGGCAUUGACCAAUUGGUUGAGAUCAUCAAGAUUCUGGGAACACCUACGCGCGAGCAGAUCCGGACCAUGAACCCGAACUAUAUGGAGCACAAGUUCCCCCAGAUCAAACCGCAUCCUUUCAACAAGGUGUUCCGGAAGGCCGACGCCAAUGCGCUUGACCUGAUUGCUCGCCUUCUUGAAUACACGCCGACGGAGCGCCUCGCUGCUGUCGAUGCCAUGGUCCACCCGUUCUUCGACGAACUUCGUGACCCGAACACGAAGCUGCCCGACUCCAGACACCAGACAGGCACCCUCCGCGACCUGCCGCCUCUAUUCAACUUCUCUCGCCACGAGUUAUCUAUCGCACCAAAUCUCAACCAGAAGCUGGUCCCCCCACACAUGCGACCUGUUCUGCAGGCGCAAGGACUAGAUAUCGACAACUUUAAGCCCAUGGCGAAGCAGGAGAUGAUUGCUAAGCUCGACUGA